AUGGCCGAGUUUGACCCUAACGUCUGGUACCACAUCUCUGAGGAGAGAGUCACCAACGCAUCUGCGCCCGUUUUCCAUAACACGCUCCAAACGACGACCGAUGGCCUUCGUGUCUUUUCACUCGUCGCCCAGGCCUGGCAGAUGCAGCCCAUCGACAAUGAGCCGGGCCUCUACCUGAUGCGCCACAAUGCUUCCGGCGUUGGUCGACAGCUUUCUGUUUGCUGGGACCCCGAGGAGGACCACAAAUCCAAGACUAUCGCCUGCAUGCAACCCAGCAGCGUUGACGAUGCGCAGAAGCACUACUUCGAAGAAAUUGGCAACACAGGUGCAUUCUUGUGGAAGCCAAAGUCCAACAACUCAGACUACGCCAUGGAUGUCCACCCAGGGUCCAACCUCUUCUUGAACGACCAGAUUCAGGGCGAGACGUCGGAUGCCCAGCACCCGGCGCAGCGAUGGGUGUUCAGCUCGGCACGAGAUGUCAAUGACGGUGCUUGGUCAACCAUCUAUUCGGGGGAAUCCGCCGUCAGCUCGGCUCCUCCUGCGGCCACCACAGCCGCUUCCACCUCCGCAACCAGCACGGCAGCCGAGACAACGCCCACGUCCGCCGACAGCUCACCGGCCGAGACGAGCGGAUCCUCUUCAGCAACGAACGAAUCUUCAGGCUCAGAUGGUGGCGGCGGUGGUAUUACGCCCGGCGCUGCAGCCGGCAUCGGUGUCGGCGCCACCCUCGCGGUCCUGGGCCUCAUCGGUGCGCUCGUCUUCUUCUUCUGGCGCCGACGCAGGGCCGCCCGGGCCGCUGCUGCUUCAGGCGGCAAACCCGAAGGCGGCGACUUUACACACCACAUGCCGCCCUCGCAAGCCACAACGCCGGCCAACGGCGACACAUACACGGCGUCGAACGAGCACAAGACCGCAUACGGGCACCAGAGUGAGCCCGCCGAAGCGCCAUUCCAGCCUAUCCACGAGGCACCAAGUCACCAGUACAACGAACUCGACGCGGCACCGCCCCGUUCAAACGGCAUGAACAGUGUGCAGCAGACACCAGCGACGCAAUACGCUGAGACAAGGCCGUUCUGA